AUAUGUAACAGCAGAGAGUGGUACAGGUGUGGUGCAUCAGGCCCCUGGUUUUGGUGAGGAUGAUUUUAGGAUCUGUCUCCGGUAUGGUAUCUUCAAGAAAGGGAGUGCCGUUAUAUGCCCUGUUGAUCCUUCUGGCCAGUUUAUGCCUGAAGUGACCGACUUUGCUGGUCAGUAUGUAAAGGAUGCUGAUAAAGCUAUUACAAAGCUAUUGAAAGUGAAUGGUAGACUAGUGCAUCAAGGAACUAUCAAACAUAGUUAUCCUUUUUGCUGGAGGUCAGAGACCCCAUUGAUAUACAAAGCUGUUCCCUCCUGGUUUGUACGUGUAGAGUCUCUUAUUGAGAAGCUUUUAAAGAAUAACCAAAAGUGCUACUGGGUCCCUGAGUUUGUUAAAGACAAGAGGUUUCAUAAUUGGUUGAAAGAUGCCCGUGAUUGGGCUAUAUCAAGAAACAGGUACUGGGGCACGCCUAUACCUCUAUGGGUCUCUGAUGACUUUGAGGAGGUAGUGUGUAUAGGCAGCAUUGACGAAUUGGAAAAAUAUUCAGGAGUUAGAGUGACUGAUUUGCAUCGAGAAAAUGUUGAUGAUAUUACUAUUCCCUCGAUUCAUGGUAAAGGUGUCCUUAGACGCGUCACCGAAGUCUUUGAUUGCUGGUUUGAGAGUGGGAGCAUGCCUUAUGGUCAGAGUCAUUAUCCAUUUGAGAACAAGAAAGCGUUUGAUGCUAAUUUUCCGGCCGAUUUCAUUGCCGAGGGCAUCGAUCAGACUCGUGGCUGGUUCUAUACUCUACUAGUGGUUGCUACUGCUUUGUUUGAUAACCCGCCAUACAAGAACCUCAUAAUUAAUGGACUAGUCCUGGCAGCUAAUGGUCAGAAGAUGAGCAAGAGGUUAAAGAAUUAUCCUGAUCCGGUCGAAAUUGUCAAUAAAUUUGGAGCUGAUGCCUUGAGACUAUACCUCAUCAAUUCGCCAGUCGUUAGGGCGGAGUCACUCAAAUUUCAGGAGGGUGGAGUCAAGGAUGUUGUAAAGGAUGUGUUCUUACCCUGGUUCAAUGCUUAUAGGUUCUUCAUGCAAAAUGUGACAAGAUUAGAAAAG